CUUCCGGCCACCUCCACAGUUGUUGCUCUCUCUUCUGCCUCUUAGGAUCGUAUACGUUCAAAAUGGUCUCUUCUACCUUUGCUGACCGACCUAUCAAAAAGCUCGUCUUGUUCGAUGUCGAUGGCACCCUGUCUCCUGCUCGUCAAGCAGCUUCGGCCGAGAUGCUCCAAGUCCUCAGCGAGGUCCGCAAGAAGGUCGUCAUUGGGUUUGUUGGAGGGUCCGAUUUGAAGAAGAUCGAGGAGCAACUGUCUGUCUUGGGCCACACAGCUAAGGACGACUUCGACUAUGCCUUUGCUGAGAACGGCUUGACAGCCUAUAAGAUGGGCAAAGAGCUAUCUUCGCAGUCGUUCAUCGGCUGGCUUGGCGAAGAGAAGUAUAAGAAGAUGGUUAACUUUAUCCUCCACUACCUGGCCGACAUUGAUAUCCCUGUCAAGAGAGGUACCUUCAUUGAGCACCGCAAUGGAAUGAUGAACGUCAGUCCCAUCGGACGUAAUGCGACUAUUGAAGAGCGUCAUGCAUUCAACGCCUUCGACAAGGUUCACAAAAUCCGUGCAACCUUCGUCAAAGUCCUCGAAGAGAAGUUCGCCGACUAUGGUCUCACCUUUGCCAUCGGUGGUGAAAUAUCCUUCGACGUCUUCCCCUGCGGCUGGGACAAGACGUACGCUCUGAGACAUGUUGAGGACGAAGGGUUCGAAGAGAUUCACUUCUUCGGCGACAAGACCUACAAGGGUGGGAAUGACUACGAAAUCUACACCGACCCUAGGACUAUAGGCCACAGCGUCACUAGCCCGGCAGACACGAUGAAGGAACUUCGGGAGCUCUUCUUGAGCUGAAAAGCCAGCAUCCACGCAUCCUAGACCUUGGAAUCCUAGAGAGGAAGUGAAGGCUCUUGUACUUUUAUGGCUGGACUGUGGCCGGAGAAGGUCAGUGAAGAUACCAAGUAAUUACCGUUAGCUCCAGAAUGUAGACGAGGACGACACUAUAAAUGGGGCUUUUUGGGUGAAAUUUCAAUGUGG